UUGACAGCUGUUAUUCAGUAGGUAUUUUUGCAUGGUGGACAACGUGUUUUCGGCAAUAAAAUUGUAGUGAUAAUAAUAUAAAUAAUAACGAAACUAAUAGGAAAUAUUUAAUCUCUUUCCUUGACAGCAAAGUUUUCUUUCUUUGGAAGUAAAAUAUUUAUAUAUUUUAGUAUAACCUCUCGGUAAAAGAUGCAGUAAGGCGUUUUAAAUCAAUUUAUAAAAAUAUUAUACGAAAUAAAAAUGUAUGAAGACCCAGAAUAUUUUUCUGACAUCCUUGAACCGAGGAGGGAGCAGACUGGAAUAUUAAGUUUUAUGACACGCAGUUGGAAGCCACUGAAGACAAUGGAAUUUGAAAGAAAUUGCUCUCCUCAAGACUUGAAGGAAAUCGUAUCCAAAUCGGGUUACUUGGAUGCGUUAAUAGAAGCGGAGAGUGCGAAAACUGGAGCCAGCAAAGAAAAACUACACAAAGAAGUGAAUGACUUCCUUGAGGAAAUGGGCAUGGAUAAAAAAAUGCAUGUGAUCCGAUGGAUGGGCAUCAUCUUCUUGAAAAUAUCAUUUAUGAUGAAGAUCAAAAUGUUUGUCAGCCAACCGCAAGUUACAAAGCUAAAAGAAAUUAUGGGCUCAAACCCUGUUAUCUUCCUGCCGACACACCGCAGCUAUGCUGAUUUUUGUUUGAUGACAUACCUCUGCUACCAUUAUGACAUUGAACUCCCAGCCGUUGCUGCAGGAAUGGAUUUCUACUCGAUGGCGGUGUUGGGUCGUCGCAUGCGGGAAACGGGAGCUUUCUAUAUCAGACGGACUCUGGCCGGCGCGCCACUGUACGCGGCCACGUUGAAGCAGUACGUGCGCACUCUGGUCUCCAAGCAAGGCGCGCCCGUCGAGUUCUUCCUCGAAGGCACCAGGAGCAGAAGCAACAAAAGCUUACCGCCCAAGUAUGGGAUGCUCUCUAUGGUGUUGAUGCCGUACUUUGCUCGCGAGGUGCCCGACAUCACGCUUGUGCCCGUCAGCAUUAACUACGAGCGACUGAUGGAGGACAAACUCUUCGCGUAUGAGCACAUUGGGGUGCCCAAGCCGAAGGAAUCUACUGGGGGUUUCCUAAAAGCCUUGAAGAGUUUGAACGACAAUUUCGGAGACAUAUACAUAAACUUAGCCGAGCCAAUAUCGCUCCGAAGCUACCUUGAUGACGACGUCCAACCUCGCUCGGGUGAGGAUCUCAAGCCGGUAGACAUGCAGCAACUGACAGCAGACCAGUUCAAGCAAGUGCAGGACUUGGCAGAGGAUAUGAUAACGCUCCAAGACGCGUACACAGUGGUGAAUGUUUCGAACCUAGUGGCGAUGACGCUGAUGCAAUGUCUGAUGGUGAAUCAAACCAUGUCGUUCGAAGAUGUAUGCGAAGAAGCCCAGUUUAUAGCGACAGUGUUGUUGGCUCGUGGCGCGGCGGUGUUCGCGAAGGACUACACGAAGAGUGUCGAGAAGGUGUUGUUGGUGCAUCGCAGGCUGAUGCGGCUCGACCAGAACAAACACCUGAGGCUCCUCACCGAGCCGCUCAUGGACGUGUCCGACGAUAUGAAGGCCAAGAUGAAAGGUUACAUAUUUGACGCGGAGACGUUGUCGUACGCGUUGCCAGUGAUCCAACUGCAGUUGUAUGUGAACCCCGGAAUACCCUGCCUGAUGAUGUCAGCCAUCUUGUACCUCAUAGCUUGCAGGGGACCAAUAAAUGAAUGCCAACUGGCUUCAGAAUUUCUGAUGACACGAAAGCUCUUGCGUUACGAAUUCUUUUACACACACAAAACUCUUAGAGACACAUACCACGAGGAGCUGGAUUAUUGCCUGCGUCAAAAAGUGAUAGUACGCACCGACGCUGGCUACACGACGGAGGGCGGCAAUAAGAAGCUUCAGCUGUUGUUCCGCUGGGUGGCGUGCCCCGCGCUCGCCACACUCAAGGCGUGCAUUCAAACUAUGCUCGCGAAAAAUGUUUGCGAGCACAAGCAGGCGUUGAAACUGAUCCAGCAGAGAUUGCUGUCAGUCUUCAGCCAUCCUUACAGCUUGAGUCUGGAGGCGACGGCGAACUGUCUACAAGGACUCACGGCGUAUGGAGCUCUGGAGAAAGAAAAAAAUCAAGUGUUGACAUACAAGGCUGUGCCUGACAUCUUAGAAAUGUGCCAUAAUACGAUCAGCAAAUUACUGCCUGAAUUCAGAUUCACUCACAACGGAGUUGUAAUGAUGGAAGAGAAGACAAUCUCUCGACUAUAAAGUAUUAUUUAUUUAUUUUGUGAUUUCCCUUGGACUUACUUUGUGAGCUGGAAAUCAUCUGAAGCAAUCCUUCUUAAGUUCCGAAGUCUGGUGUUUAAGAAAUUUGUUUUUUUUUUUAUUGUAUAUUUAUGAGAAAUCCUCAUGUUCAAACAAAGGCCAAAUUCGCAAAGUAUACAUUAGUUUAAGAUUCAUUAAGUUAUUUAUUACAUGUGCUUCUAGUGGUUUGUGUGAAGGUACUAAUAUUUAAAUUAGUCCAAACAAUCCCCAUUUUUAUCUGUAAAUUAUGUCAUUCUAAAAUGGCAUCUAGUAUUUCGUUACAACAGUAUUUCCUUAUAAAAUAAUAUAGAAUUACCACAUACAAAUACUAUAGAAAUUGUAUAAGUAGUGGACAGGUACCGUUAUAGACUAAGCCCCUUAUUGAUAGACGUUAUUUAUCUAAGGACGGAGCAUUGCUGUGAUAACAAAUCUGUUUCUCAGCUUUGUUUAUCUGACAGCCAACUAGAUCCAAGUUGUAUCUCAAUAUUAGCCAAUCACAACGGCCCUAUGUCUAUGCACUGCGAAGGCUGCCAUGCCAUCAGCACUGAGAAACAGACUUUCUAUCACAAUGCUCCAUCCUUAGAUAAAAAAACAUCUAUAAAUAAAGGGGUUAUUUUAUUUAAUUUCCAAAAAAAAUAGUAAGAAAGAGAGGUAAGAUAUAAAUGUAUCAGUCAGAAUUUUUGUUUAUAUGUAAAUAGUAAAGGUAGAAACCUGGAAACAAAAAUAAAGCUACGACGUUUUUAACACAAAAUCAGCAUAAAAUUAUCGACACAACGAAUAACAAGUAACAAAUACAAUGUACAUCACUCAGAUUGAACACUGUUCACUAAACUGUAUAUACUCCGCAAGAGACGAUUAUUUAAUUAAUGAAAAUAAACUCAGUAGAGUAUCUAGUUGUUUGAAUUAAAUAAGGGAUACUAAAAACCAGAAUUGUGCA